AUGUCGAACAAAUCGGAAGUGAUCACCGCUCUUCCAGCGCCCGACGGCUACGUUGUGGACUUUGAGAAUCCUCAAAGACGAGAUGUUGUCGAGACAUACAUCGUUGUGAGCAUUGGCAUGUUUCUUGCCUUGCUCUUUCUACUUCAGCGACUUUAUGUCAAACUUAUCAUCCGCAAGAAAUUCGGACUUGACGAUGAGGCCUCGAUGGAGGGAUACGUCGGCGUUCAUGGGUGGGAGAUUCCAAUUGAGAAGUUCAAAGACUUCACCUUCUGGAACAGUUACAUCAACCCCAUCGUCUACGCGAUCCCACCGGGUGCCUGCAAAACGGUCAUUCUGUUGUUCUUCCUCGAGCUGAACAACCUGUCCAAGUGGUUUACUUGGUCCAUAUACUUCACCAUGUUUGUUGUCAUUGGGUCGAGUCUGGGCAUACUCUUCAGUUCCAUUUUCCCAUGCAACCCGAUUCCCGCAGCAUACGACCUGGUCACUCCUGGGGAAUGCAUCGACCGAGUUGCCACUUUCAAGGCGACAGCCGCGUUCGGCGUGAUCACCGAUAUAAUGAUCAUCUGCCUUCCUAUACCAAUGGUGUUGUCUCUGCAUAUCUCGACGAAGAAGAAGAUUGGGUUACUUGCAUUAUUUGGCAUCGGCUCGGUGACCGUUAUCACUUCUGUUGUCCGCUUGUUUCUGCUCAUCACCAUCCUCGCUGAUGCGGAUCAGACUUGGGGCGGUAUAUUUAUUAACAUUUGGGUGAGCAUAGAAGCAAAUCUUCUAGUCAUGUGCGCAUGCCUAUCUACUCUGCGACUCUUCUUCCACACGGUAUCUCCGAAACUAUUCUCGUCUGGAGGGGGUACUACCGGGAAAUCAGGGGCAGCUUCAGGCAAUGGUCUCCGCACCAUCGGCGGUACAGGCGGAGGUGUGUCUGCCGCCCAACGAUCUCGAUACAACCGGUUCGAUAACAGCCGCGACGAGCCAGACUACGAUAUGGACACAUUUCAAGUCCAAAUCAAGGGAGGCCCUCGCGAAGGAGAUGUUGAAAGUGGGCGGCGAAAGGAUUCGGGGGGUGAUUGGAACGAACCGGAUAGCAACAGCGAGAGAGCCAUUGUCCAGACCACUGAGACGCAUGUGUACAUCUCAAAAGCAUAG